AUGAACACCCUCAAACGGAAGCAUCAGAAUAGCGUCGCCAACGACGACGUCCGAAGAGAAACCACCAAGAUCGUCGACCAACCUGAUAUUAGCCCAGACGCGUUUUCUGGCAUCUCUCUGAGGCACGAACCAAUCAACCGAUCCUCUUUCUGCCUUCGUUCCCCAGCAUCCGGAAACCCGGUAGAUCGAUGCCGGCAACUACAUCGUUGCUCCGAUCUCUCUCUACACCAGUUGAUCUCCAGCGAUUUAAACUCCAAAUCGCGCCACCGUCGGUGGAGUAGUUUCUCCGGUCUCCCCUUACAGGCGGCGAGCUUAGACGCUUUCAAAAAAAAAAAAGGAAAAAAAAUCGUCGCUUAA